ACUUAUGACUGCUUAUUUGUUACGCAUUUCAAGCAUACAUAUCGUUAUAUCUUAGUUUGUAGUGGCUCUUUCUUUCAAUCAAACCUCCCCAAAUUGUACUCGUUCAUUAAACUGUAAAUACUGAACACUGAAGAAAAUGUAGAAAAGAACUAACCCUUACUGAAAAUAAUGAAAAAAAGAAAAGAAAGAAGGAGGCAUGGUAAAAGAUAAAUCUUAACACUAAACGAUGAGGACUCCUAAACGAAAGGUACGGAACUUUUUAUCCAAGUUUAGAAAAAGGAAAGUUUUUGUGGAAUUCAUGAUAACACAGACUUGAGCUUUCUCGAGGAAACCAGUUGGAGGGAGGUUUGAGCGCCCUUUUACUCAGAGAUGCUGAAGAUGAUGAUACGGACUACAACUGCUGCUACUUCUUCUUCUUGUUAUUGCUGGAACAGCAGAGGUAUGAAUUGUCUUCACUCUAACUCCAGUUUUCUCGUUUUCGUCAACAAUUACUUUGCUUUCUUUCACUCUCAACCUUCGAAACCGAUCAAAUCUACAAGAACCCAACUAGAGCAGCCAAAAAGAGACUUACCCAAAAUCACAAAUGUUGAGGAUGCUUUCAAUGUGUUCGAUAGAAUGCUUCAAAUGCGCCCUCUGCCUUCUGUUGUCCGUUUCAAUAAAUUCUUGGGUCAAGUUGCAAAAUUGAAACAUUACUCGGCCGUCAUCUCAUUCUAUAACCAAAUGGUUGUGUCGAGAAUUGGACAUGAUGUUUGUAUCCUAACCAUUCUCAUAAAUUGUUAUUGUCAUCUAAACCAAAUGGGGUUUAGUUUAUCUGUACUGGGAAAAUUCUUCAAACUUGGUCUUGAACCAAAUGUCUUUACCUUCACCACUCUAAUCAACGGCUUUCUUCUCGAGAAUAGAGUGGCGGAGGCAGCAGGAAUUUUCAACAAAAUGAUUGCGGGAGGUAAUUGUCAGCCUAAUGUGGUUACUUAUGGCACACUAGUUAAGGGCUUUUGCAUGAAAGGUAACAACAGUGCAGCUAUUCAAUUGCUUAGGAAGAUGGAGGAAGGAGCUUGCAAGCCUGACCUAGUUGUCUAUAGCACAAUCAUCGACAGUCUUUGUAAGGAUACACUAGUUGAUGAUGCAUUAAACUUCUUCUCAGAAAUGAUGUGCAAGGGUAUUUCCCCAGAUGUCAUUACCUAUAACUCUUUGCUUAAUGGAGUUUGCAAAUUAGGUGAGUGGAAAGAAGCUGCAAGGUUGUUGAAUGACAUGGUGGGUAAAAAUAUCUUUCCAGAUGUGUGCACAUUCAGUGUCUUGGUAGACACAUUUUGUAAGGAGGGGAUGGCUGGGGAAGCAGAAGGCGUGGUCGAAAUGAUGAUUGAAAGAGAUAUUGAACCUGAUAGGGUUACAUACAAUUCACUUAUGGAUGGUUACUGUUUGCGAGGAGAAAUGAGCAAGGCUGGAAAAGUUUUUAAACUAAUGCUUAGCAAGGGAUCGAUGGUUGAUGUUGUUUGUUGCAACACAUUGAUAAAUGGAUAUUGUAAGCAUAAGAUGAUGGAUGAGGCCAUGAUGCUACUUCGGGAAAUGACUUGUAAGGGACUGGUUCCGGAUAUCGUUACUUAUAACACUCUUGUUGACAGUUGUUGCAAAGUGGGGAAAUUAGGUGAUGCACAACAGUUGUUCUCAGAGAUGCAAGCUUGUGGUCAACUUCCAGAUGUUCAAACUUAUGCUAUUCUGCUGGAUGGCCUGUGUAAAAACCAACAAAUUUCUACAGCAAUCCAACUGUUUAAAGAGAUGGAAGGCAAGAAGUUGGAUGCAGAUAUUGUGAUUUACACUAUUCUUAUUGAAGGUUUGUGCAUAGCUGAAAAAAUUGAAUCUGCAAAGGAACUCUUUUGUAGUUUAUCAUCAAGAGGGCUUCAACCGAAUGUAAGGACAUAUACCAUAAUGAUUAAUGGACUCUGUAUUGGGGGCCUAACAAGUGAAGCAGAAAAGCUGCUUAUCGAAAUGGAAGAGAAAGGUUGUUCUCCAAAUGGUUGGACCUACAACGUAAUUAUUCGAGGGUUUAUCAAUAACAAUGAGACAGUAACGGUGACAGGACUUAUUCAACAAAUGGUGGAGAAGGGUUUCUCAGCAGAUGCAUGGACUACAGAAUUGAUAGUUGAUCUAUUGGUUAAAGAUAAAGUAGAUCCUGCAUUGUUGCCAUUGAUGCAAAAAGAGAAUUAUGAACUUAAUUUGCCUCAGUUAAAGUUGAACAGAUCUUCUGACCAUCCCAAUAAACAUUGAAGCUCUUCCACCUCUGGCAACCAUGGAUGUGUUAUAUCUGUCAUCUCUAAAUCCAUCAUGUGACAAUGUUGAGCAGUAGAUAUAAAUUUACCGAUAAUCGUAACAUCUUUGAAACAAUUGGCUUGUUUUUUUGUACGCAGGUCUUUUUAAGUUUCUUUCACAAACAUUGUGCAAUUGACUGACUCUGCGUGUUUACGUUAUUUUGCGGUAUACAGACUUGGUUAUAUAAAGAUAUCAUUGGGGGAUAUCCUGUGAUCA